UGAUAAAGUUGAAGAGUGAAAGAGUAAAAGCAAAUUUGUGGGCGUGGGAGAAGAAUUGAAUUGAAGCUGAGGUGCAGGAAAAUGGCGGAGGUGAGGACUUGUUUGUUGAAGAGUGAAGAGGAAUAUUGGGAAUUCUGCCCGGGUUGCAAUAUUCAACGGAUGAAGCGUUCCAAUGCCGGAAUCCCGUUUAAGCAUCUCUUCUUCGUCGGCGUUAUCACACUCUGUGCUGCUUUGCCAAUCUCAUCGCUCUUUCCUUUCCUGUAUUUUAUGAUCAAGGAUUUUAACGUAGCAGAAAAAGAAGAAGAUAUUGGUUUUUAUGCUGGGUUUGUAGGAUCUUCAUACAUGGUUGGAAGAGCUUUGACAUCCCUUCUUUGGGGAAUGGUGGCUGAUCGGUGGGGCCGUCGACCAGUUGUAAUAUUCGGCACAGCUGCAGUGGCAAUCUUCAAUGCGCUUUUUGGCCUUAGUAUAAACUUUUGGAUGGCAAUUUCUACAAGGUUUCUUCUAGGAAGUUUGUGUGGAAUACUCGGUCCAAUGAGGGCAUAUGCUGCAGAAAUUUGCCGCAAAGAAUACCAAGCUUUGGGCAUGUCUGUAAUAAGCACGGCAUGGGGCAUAGGCUUGGUAAUUGGUCCAUCUCUCGGGGGUUUUCUUGCACAGCCUGCAGACAAGUAUCCCGAUAUAUUUUCUAAAGAAGGCCUUUUUGGAAGAUUCCCCUAUUUCUUACCUUGUCUUGUGAUCUCACUUCUAGCGUUGGUUGUAUUGGUCUUCACUUGUUGGCUUCCGGAAACACUGCACAACCAUAGUUCAAAAGACGUGGAACAAAGUGAUUCUCAUUAUGCUAUAGAGGGCGUGGUAGAUGAGUCUAAUGUACCUCGGAAUAACAAAGUUUCCCAAUCUCAAAAGAGCCUAUUAAAAAAUUGGCCUUUAAUGUCUUCGAUUAUGGUCUACUGCAUCUUUCAACUUCACGAUAUAGCCUACACAGAGAUAUUCUCCUUGUGGGCUGUUAGUCCUAUAAAGAAUGGGGGGUUAGAGUAUACAACUUCAGAUGUUGGUGAAGUUCUUUCCGUCACUGGCAUGGGUCUGUUGCUUUUUCAACUAUUCCUAUACCCAUUAGUGGAGAGAACUAUGGGAACAAUCAUGGUUUCUCGCAUUGGAGCAGUAUUAAGCAUACCUUUGCUGUUCAGUUACACCUACAUUGCUCUGUUAUCGGGUCUCUGCCUCUUCAUUGUGCUUAAUUGUGCUUCCUUGUUAAAGAAUGUGUUGUCUGUAUCCAUUACGACGGGAUUAUUCCUUAUACAGAAUAGGGCUGUGUCCCAGGAACAAAGAGGUGCAGCUAACGGCAUUUCUAUGUCUGCAACGUCUCUUUUCAAAGCCAUUGGCCCUGCAGCUGGAGGUGCAAUAUUUUCUUGGGCUCAAGCGCGCCAGGAUGCAAGUUUUUUGCCAGGUGAUCAGAUUGUUUUCUUCAUGUUGAAUGUUGUUGAAGUAGUAGGCUUAAUUUUGACCUUCAGGCCUUUUCUCCAACUGCCAGAAGACACUAUCAAGUGCUGAUACUUUACAUUUUGAGUUCUGGGUACAACCAUACUUCAUUCUAUCUUAGAAUUUAUGGUACAUUAUCAUAUAGUAAUUAGUAAACCAUCCUCAAUGUCUCUGGGGCUGUGUUUUUUUUUAUUUAUUUAAUUUUUUUGGGU